GUGGAACACACGAUAAUGGCAGAAAGCUGAUUUUCAGCUAUGAUCCUUAAAUUUUAUUUUUCGUUUGAGAAAAUUGUGUUUUUCCGCAUAUAGUGCAUGUUAUAAUUAUUUUGUCAUGUCUAGUUUGACUGUCAAAAAGAAAGGCAACGUUGUGCAUCGUACUACCAGUGAAACACUCAGAUUAGGCGACUACAUCUCCCAGGUACGUGCAACUAUUCAGUCCACAACAAGGAAGAAGUCUCAGGCAACAUCACCAAGCUGUUCUUUCCAAAUAACUGGUGUAAGUUUGACACGAUAUGACAUUGGGGAUGACUCCGCAGAUGACCUGGAUGAGUCUCACACCGAUGAUAUAUCCAGAGUCACCGACAAUGAGACUCCAAGCUUUUCCGAGGACUCCAGAGAUACUGAUGAACCUCCAGUUACCGCACCGGAUACGACUACAGAGACCGAAACAGAUACAACUACGACCGUAGAGGAGACUGAAGAGCCGCAAUCCGAGGCAAAAGAGGAAUUGAAAGACUUAAGUAUAGGAAGAUUCAAAGUGGUGAAGAUAGAAAGCAUUGUGCCCUUUAGUAGAGGCCGAUGGACUUGUUUCGAUUAUUUGGACCAAUCUGACUCUUCCAAGUCGUGUUGUAAGCACUUCAAGACGGAACAGAAUGAAACUCUUAAAGCUUCUAUAGCCAUCGAUCAAAAUAGGGUUCCAAAUACUGCCAAGGAAUGUGAGACAAACUGCCAGGAACCUUUAUUUCCAGGGUCCAUAAAAAUGUCUCAAACUGCACCGAUUUUUGCUGCACCUCCAAGUCGACCUCCCAGGGUGAAAAUAAGGACUUCCUGCGUUAGCACGCCUAGUAUUAUUCCAAUUAUUAGGCCUAUCAGGUCUGUUCGACCAUUUUUCACAUCUUCUUCUAGCUUUGAUUCUGUCAUCACCUUACAUGAUCAGGGGACGCUUAGGAAAGAGUGCGAUGUAGCUAACAGUAAUGCAAACAUUUUACUGGUGCAGGAAGACUCCAACAGAAAUACUGGGGCAUCUGUAUCUUGUACGGCCACCAUCGAUACCAAGAUAGAGCAUGCUUUGCAGGAUGUGGUGAAGAACCACCUGACCCAUGCAGUACGACUAGAAGUGGAAGAUCUGAAGGUCAAAAUCAAUGAACUUGUGGAUCGAAUCACAUACUUGGAAUAUGAAAAUGAUCUGCUACGAGCAAAUGUAGAUCCAGAUGUUCUGGCUAAUUUGGAAAACAAUGUCACCAAGUGAUUUUGAUAUUUGAUGUAACUAUUUCAAAUUUCUCUGUGUGUCAGCACAUGGAAUGAGGUGAAAAGACAAGAUGCCUGGUGCUAUGAAAUCUGAUAUGUGAUUAUUUAUAGUUUAUUUUGCAACGUCCUUUUCUCCAGUCCAAUCUUUAAUGGCUAUUUUAAAAAACAGGGGGGAUUUCAUCCAGAGAUCAAAAAAAAAUUUGUUUCACUACUCACCCGAUAAAUCGCCUAGGUAAAUAACAAAUGUCAUUUAAAAUUGGAUCCUACUGACUUCAUUAGGUAUGCCAGCUUAACAACUAAGCUGAUAUUCCUAAAUAUUUGAAUACCAGGAAAAUAGUACAACUCGUUAUAUAACGGGUGAUUUUUUAAGAGGUAUAGGAUUUGAUUUUCAAAAAAAAAACACAAAAAAUUUGAAAAAACGAUUGAAUCUUUAUUUGAGUCGACAGAACGGUCGAUAUAAUUUAAUGUUUAAAGAUUAUUUCAUGUAAAUGUUGGCCGUGGUUCCGCUUUAGAUGGCCCAUGCGCAAGGUCCAAUUUUGGCACACUCUCUCCAACAUAUCGGCCGGUAUCUCACGAAUAAAUCCUUCAAUAUUGGCUUCCAGUGCGUCAAUCGUUGCUGGUUUAUCCCUGUAGACAUUAGCCUUAACAUGGCCCCACAAGAAAUAGUCCAAGGGCGUUAAAUCACACGAUCUAGGCGGCCAAUUGACGGGCCCCAACCAUGAGAUAAACUGUUCACCGAACUCGCCUCUCUAUACGGCCAUUGUUUCGUGUGCGGUGUGGCAUGUGGCACCGUCUUGUUGAAACCACAUAUCAGCCAAGUCCAGCUCGCAAAAAAAAGUUUGUUAUCAUCGCACGGUAGCGCUCGCCAUUCACAGUUACGUUCCGGCCAUUGUCGUCUUUCAAGAAGUACGGCCCGAUGAUGCCACCGGCCCAUAAUCCACACCAAACAGUGAUUUUUUCGGGAUGCAAUGGUAGCUCUUGCAAUGCUUGUGGCUGGUCUUCACUCCAGAUGCGGCAAUUUUGCUUGUUAACGUACCCAUUCAACCAGAAAUGAGCUUCGUCGCUGAACACAAUUUUUCUAUAAAAAUGUGGAUCUUCCUCCAACUUUGCCAGCGCCCAUUCACCAAAUUGGAAACGUUGUGGGAGGUCGUGUGGCUUCAAUUCUUGUACCAGCUGUAUCUUAUUAGGAUUUACACCCAAAUCCUGUCGCAAAAUUUUCCACGUAGUGGAGUAACAGAGGCCCAAUUGCUGCGAACGGCGGCGAAUCGACAUUUCACGGUCAUCACUAACACUGGCGGAUACAGCCGCAAUAUUUUCUUCAGUCCUCACUCUACGUCUGCGUGUUGGUGGUUUAAUGUCCCAUAAUGUAAACUGGGUUCGAAAUUUAGUCACAAGCUUCCGAAUAGGUCCCUCAGUAGGCCGACCAAAUUGCCCAUAAAUUGGAAGCAGUGCUCGAUGCACUCUCUUAAAAGAGCAUGAAUUUUGAUAGUAAAAUUCAAUAAUUUGCAAGCGUUGUUCGUUCGUAAGUCGAUUCAUGGUUAAAUUAUAGACCAAACUGAACAAGUUUGUCAAUGACACAAGACACGAUUCACGCGUCAUCUGUCAAAAACAGUGUUGCCAAAAAGAUACUAGCAAAAAAAUCACCCUAUAGCUGUUCUUGAGUAACUCAAUAAUCGAGAUAACAUUGACGCUAAAAAUCAACGUUCGCACCUUACUGCCCUUGAAAUUAGGCCAGUUCCAAUUUGCUGUCUGUAGCAUGUUGCAUUCAUUGUAUUGAGUUUAUCAGUUUGACAGCAGGUAACUAGAUGUUUCAUGGUAUUCGCAAAAAUAGUAAGAAUAGUAGGGAACGUCAUGAUAUCUGAUUUACGCAUACCCUAGAGCAAAUGACGCUAAUCAAUUGAAGGCAUCGGAAUCCAAUAAAUCGAACAUAAUGAUAAAUCGCGUCAGUAGUGAAAAAAAUGAUAUACAUACCUCCUUUGAGAAGGUCAUUAUUAGUCUCGCAUUAGGCGUUACGUGGCUCAGGUUAUAAAAGUCCUUGCCCAAUAAUGAUGGCUCACUUCCCAAUCAAGGUAUGUGAUGCACUAUUUUAUUUAACCUUUGAAAUAUCUUUCUUCUCUUUUACAUAGUGUGCCCCGGAAAGAAUUAAAAAUAUGGCUGUGCUAAAAUCUCGUAAGUGUAUGACCUAAAUACCCAAUACAUGUGAUCGCGAUAUUUUGUUUUGUAUAUUUUUGUACUAUUAUGAUUAUUUCAAUGAUGUAGACCAACCGGAGCAGAUCAUUUUGAAGAUAAUAUUUACAAUUUAGUUCAAUUAAUGACACCACAUCUUAAUUUAUAUUGAUGCUUGUAUAGGAAUGUCUCAGAAGCAGGCGAUAUAACUUGAGAAUCAUUAAAUCGUUACUGCAAAACUAGAAAAUGUCUUCAAACAUUUUGAGUUUUUCGAUAAUUAAUUCAAAUGAAUACGUCAAACACCAAUUACAAGUCAAAGCCAACUAUGUGAUAUGUGCGUGAAUAUUCUACAAAAUCGUGAUAAUCAAAUUGAUAAUUCACAUAAAUUAAAAAUGUCUAUGUAAUCCGGUAUUUAGUUUUUGAUCUGCUGAAGGUUGGUCUAUAGAUGUUUAUUAAUUUUAGAAAUAUUAAAUUGUUGUGUAAGCGACAAUACUUAAUUAUUAGCUGUAAGGUGUUCCUUGAUGUAGCUUAACAGCAUACUGAUACUAAGCCAUAUAAUUAUUAAGAAAUUAGUUGGAUUACCUACAUUUAUUUCAUUG